AUGGAGAAUAAAGAUAAUGUUGAUAACAAUAACAAUGAAUUUUCUGAUAACAAUGAUCGAAAUGUGAAGCAACCCAAAGUGAAUCAAGAUUUGAAGAAAAAAAAAAGAUUGCUAAAUCGUGCUGAAAAUCAACUUAUGGAUAAUACAAUAUCAGCUGGUGACGAUCAUAUUCAUGAUCAACAUGAAUAUCCUAAUGAUUAUGUAGACGAUGAUGAAGAUUUCGGGUUAGCUGAUCAUGAUUCUCUACAUAAUAUCGAUUUUCAAAUAGAUGCAGAACACAAAAAUGAGUUCAUUUAUGAUGAGGCAGAUGAGACUAUAGCCGAUAAUAAUAUUGAUCUACAGAAAGAACAAUCUCAUGUUACACAUGAUUAUGUUUCUCCUGGUGGCUUAUCUUAUUGGAUUCCUGUUGUUUCGGACCAUAUCAAAACUAAAAUCAAAUAUGAUAUGGUUUUCGUACCGUUCACUAGGAUAGAUAACCAUAAGAAAUGUGUCACUUUUGAUGUUGUACUUUUGAGUAGAGAAUAUGGUACUUCUUAUUCUUGGCUGCUUAGAGCAUUCUUGAAAACAUUAAAAAAACAACUUACGCUUGUUCUUACGGAUCAAGAUCCAACUUUAAACAAAGUUGUAAAUGAAGUUUUUCCAAUGUCACCACACAGACGUAAUCAAUUAGUCAAUGACUUUAACACUGCUACAACAGUUCCUAGAUUCAUCACAUCUAGUCCGAACAAACCACAUGCUUCAAAGGUCUACACUCGUAAAAAAAAUUAUCAGGCUCAGAAAGAGAUUUCAGAUUCUGAUAAUACUUGUUUCCAAAUGAGUGUUACUUCUUGUAAUGGUAUCGACACUAUUAUUGUAUUGGAGAAGCAAAAGAACAUAAGCACAGUGAAACCAUCAAGUCCUGUUGGUGAUGACAAUCUUUAG